GAGAGGGGGAGAGGGGGAGGUGGUAAUAGUUACAUUUCAUAGGAAGCUCCGGUGGCAUUUAAAAGGAGAAGCCACGCCCGGAAGAAGCAGUGCAAGCGAAUUCGGAGCAAACCUUUGUCUUUCCCUUCUCCGGCCUUCGUCUAGGGCUUUUGCUUCUCCUCUCCAAUGGCUGCAUCUUCUCUCCUGAGAUCUGCGCUUGUCUCUCCAUCCGCUGACCUCUCACCUUCUUCCUCUCAUGGCUUCAAGGUGUCAUGCCAUGCAUCGAGUUGCAACCUAAAAUCUAAAAGUUUACAAUCUAGCUUAUUUGGAACUUCACUCCCAGCUGAAUCACUAGUCCUACGAAACUCCUAUGCCAGAAUUAUCCAGCCCAUCAAAGCCACAGCUACUGAAAUCCCAGUCCCUCUGCAGAAAUCAAGGAGCGGAGCGAAGAUUAGAGUUGGAAUUAAUGGUUUUGGGAGAAUUGGAAGGUUGGUUUUGCGUAUAGCUACUUCAAGGGAUGAUAUUGAAGUUGUAGCGAUUAAUGAUCCUUUUAUCGAUGCCAAAUAUAUGGCUUAUAUGCUUAAGUAUGAUUCUACUCAUGGACCGUUCAAGGGGACAAUUGAUAUUUUGGAUGAAUCUACUUUGAAAAUUAAUGGGAAGCAGAUUAAAGUUGUGAGCAAAAGAGACCCUGCAGAGAUCCCCUGGGGUGAAUUUGAGGCUGAUUUUGUUGUUGAGUCAUCGGGAGUAUUUACAACAAUGGGGAAAGCUUCAGCACAUUUAAAGGGUGGUGCCAAGAAAGUUGUAAUUUCAGCUCCAUCUGCUGAUGCUCCAAUGUUUGUGGUGGGAGUGAAUGAGAAAAUAUACAAGCCAAACAUGGACAUUGUGUCCAAUGCAAGCUGUACUACAAAUUGUCUUGCUCCUCUUGCCAAGGUGGUUCAUGAGGAGUUUGGCAUACUUGAAGGCCUGAUGACAACUGUACAUGCUACAACAGCAACACAAAAGACUGUAGAUGGUCCCUCUAUGAAGGAUUGGCGUGGAGGACGAGGAGCUGGUCAAAACAUAAUUCCAAGUUCAACUGGUGCAGCGAAAGCUGUUGGGAAAGUUCUUCCUGACCUUAAUGGGAAGCUCACUGGGAUGGCAUUCCGGGUCCCGACCCCCAACGUUUCUGUUGUAGACUUGACUGUUCGGCUUCAGAAGAGUGCUUCCUAUGAAGCUAUCAAAGCAGCAGUCAAGCAUGCUUCGGAGGGACCAAUGAAAGGCAUUCUUGGAUACACUGACGAGGAUGUUGUCUCCAAUGACUUCAUUGGUGAUCCAAGGUCGAGUAUUUUUGACGCUAAAGCCGGGAUUGGGCUUAGCGCAUCUUUCAUGAAGCUGAUUUCUUGGUAUGACAACGAGUGGGGGUACAGCAACCGAGUGCUGGACCUGGUAGAGCACAUGGCUUUGGUGGGAGCCCACAGCUGAAAACAAAACCAUUACAGUUUUGACGCCGGAUAUUUAUUUAAAGUCUCGAUUAGUUAGGUUACAUGGUCUCAGGUUUUGGUUUUGAUAAUAACUUGUAAUAAUGCGAUGUUAAGCAUCACUUCUACAUACGCUGAGAAAGAAAUAAAGACGUGAGUUCAUCCUGGUUA